AUGUACAUCGCUGUGAUCUCCAGUCACGCUCUGGCUCUCUGCGGCUAUCAGUUCAUCACCUGCGUCAAAGUGCAGUGGAGCGAGUGCAGUGAUUUCUCUCCUCCGGUGACCAUGCUUCUGAUGAUCUUCCUCUGCAUGGAGUCGCUCCUCUUCUUCACCUUCACCGCUGUGAUGUUCGGCACUCAGCUGCACUCCAUCUGCAACGACGAGACGGAGAUCGAGCGUCUGAAGAACGAGAAGCCCACCUGGGAGCGUCAGACUCGCUGGGCGGGGCUUCGCUCUGUCUUUGGGGGGGGCCCGCCCUCUCUGCGGUGGAUCAACCCCUUCGCCGGACUCAAACUACCAACCCUGCUGCCCCGCCGCUCCUGGAGGGGGGGGGGCAGAGUUCUCCGUCUGACGAGCUGUCCGUCAAUUACCAGAGAUGGCAAAAGGGGAGAACAGCAGGGGGUCUGCCUCGAGACUCAGAGCCCAAAGAGAGGUCUCCGUCGGGGGGGGAGGCUUCAGGUGUGUGUCCCCCUUAAAGAUUAAAGACGCUGCUGCUGCUGGAUGUGAAGAAGUGUUCAAAGGGUUCACACUGAACGACAGCAGAGUCAGACCCGGGGAUCAUCUGCUCAAUCCAUCAUCAUUUUAUGGGGAAAUCGCAACUUGGAUGAGUGCAGUAAUCACAUUGCAUUUAGCACAAUAUUAUAAGGGUAAAUAUGUAAAAAUGUAUGAAUCAAGUAAAGCAACGCAAGUUUAUUUAUUCAGCACAAUAUCAAAAACACCUGUGUCUCAGUGGGCUCUACAGAUCAACACACAGAGUGUGUGGUGUCAUUGACAUUGACAAGAAAUUCAAAGUGCUGUACAAACACAUAAAGCAUUACAAUGUAGUGACAUGACAUUGAAAACAGUCAAGAGAACAAUUUCACCGAGCUAAGAUAGAAUAAGACGGGUAUAAAAUACAAGCGUAAAAGUCACAGUUCGGUUUGAGAUAUAAAUCAUUUUUACAAUUAAAUCGGAAGCAGCUGCAAAAGGAAAAUGUGGAGCUGCAUAUUUGUUUGGUACAGAUCCUCUUAAAGGGGCCCUAUUCUGCUUUUGGGGGUUUCCUCUUGCCUGUGGUGCUACUGCUUUCUAUAGGUUUGUGUGCAUGUAAAUGGUCUGCAGCGGCUAAAAUCCCUGCAUUGGACUCCUUUGUUGACUUCAGGAACAUGGUGACAUCACUACAGAACACUCGCGCUCCUAUUGGCUUGAGCUCCAACACAUCGUACGUGAUAGGCUAAGGGGCGGGACAUCUCUAAGCUGGUUGACCAAUCACAACAGAGUUGGCCAGCUAACCAAUCAGAGCAGCUCUGGUUUCAGACAGAGGGUGAAAAGAGGUGCUGCAGCACAGGCAGUAUGAGAACAAUAAAGAGCUUUCUGAACAUCAAAGCAUGGAGACGUGUCCCAGUAGAGGAAUAGCAGAGUAAAGCCCCUUUAGAGAUGUCAAAGUAGUCAUUCAACUUAAUAUUACAAUGAGGUUCCCUCCAAUAUCAUAAAUCAUAUCACAAUUGCAAUAUCAGUCAAAAUAAUCACAGUUGGUAUUUAUUCCAAAUUGUUCAGCCCGAGUCUGAAGGUUUUUUUGUUUUUGCUCGUGAAGACGCUGGAUUUUCUAAAAGCAUCUGCUGCCAGACAUUACUAUGUGAGGAAACAACUUCUCUGACUAUAGCUGCUCUGGUUUGAUCUUUAUUUUUGUAUAUUCUAUCAUUUAACUGCUCUCUGUUUCUAUCAGGGUUUCCGUUAGAAUACAAUGUCUGCAGUUCAUGGGAAAAAGCACGAAUUAUCUAAAAUACUGAAUGAAUGAAAGAUAAUUUGAAAAAAUAUAUUGUGUGUGUGUGUGUGCGUGCGUGACUCGCUCUGAGUCACUGCUGUCCCCCCUGGGUGCACAGCCAGGGCAACAAGAAGGGUUUAUUAUGUAUGUGUGUGUGUUGGAGGAAGAGUAAAGAGUGUGUGUGUGUGUGUGUGUGUGUCUCCUUGUACGUGCAUUAACAUCCAUACAUUUGUGUGGCUGUGUGUGUGUGUGUGUGUGUGAUAUUUAAUUCAGUUAACACUAAUAAGAUCCAAAUUUAAAUCUGAUGAGAAUCACAGAAAACGGAGAGAUUUAGAAAUAUGUCGGAUAACAGAAACCCUGGUUUGCAUCCAUUAAAUCAAAUAUCCUUCUUUAAAAUGUCCUGUGGAGUUUUGUUUUUUAAAGUUUUAAAGCCUUCAGUUGGAGUUUCUGACUAAAACACACUGUGGAUCUUUAAAGCUUAGAGUGAUUAAUAUCAAUUCACUUCCUUUCUUCUUUAAACUAUUUUGUACGGUUGAGUUAAAUCUCCCUUCAAUAAAUCAAACACUGCAAUAUUUAAUAUCUUUACAUCCAACUUUUCUACAAGUUGAAAGUCAUAGCACAAUUGGGUUUUCUGCAGAACUGAUUAUUUCCUGUCUUUGUUUGUUGUGAGAGUUCUUCAUCAAAAACUGCACAAACGUGUCGUAAAUAACGUGUUUAAAUGUGACGAAUACAACCUUUAUAAGGCAACCUGUUCUACGUUUCAUUCAGAAAAAUGUCUCGAAAACAAGUGUGAAGUUUUGCUGUCAGACAUCAAGGAUUGUAAAAGUUGUCAUGCCAAAAACACUCCAGUAUUUAGCAUAAUUGAAGCUAUGGUAUAUCUAUUAGCCGCAGCAUUGCGGGUUGAAAUAUCGAUAGGAUAAAUGGAUCUAAUACUUCGAAUAAUGUCUAAAAUAACGGCAAAAAAAAAUGACAUUCCCAUAAGCCUCAGCAGAUCUUUGUUUUAAGUAUGAAUUUGCCAAUGUUAGCAUGCUAACACGCUAAACUAAUACCAUGCUAAACAUAAGCAUGUUAGCGUUUUAGCUGCAUUGACAUUCAGCCUCACAUGCUACUACCGUCACUUCAGACUUUUAUUCUUCAUUUUUUGGGGUCGAAAUGAUUACACAAAAACUUUAACUCCAAGUGUGAAGUUUUUCUGUCAGACACCAAGGAUUGUAUAAGUUGCCAUGCCAACACACUCCAGUAUUUAGCAUUAUUGAAGCUAAUGGUAUUUCUAUUAGCCAUAGCUCUGCGGGUAGAUAUAUUGAUCUAUCGUUGGGAUUUAUUUGUUUAAUACUUCAGAUUUUGACUAAAGAUCUCCAAAAUAAUUGACGUUCCCCGCAAGCCUCAGAGGUUUUCUGUGUUAAUUGCGAAUUUGCCAAUGCAACCAUGCUAACACGCUAAACUAAUACCAUGGUAAACAUAAGCAUGUUAGCAUUUAGCUGCGUUGACAUAAAGACUUUAAUUCUUCUUUUUUUGCCUUGAUUUGGGGAUUUUUAACUACAAAUAAUAUAAAUGAAAGGUGGGGUAGGUAAUUCUCUUCAGAAACACUUGUUAUAUUCCAUGGAAUGCUCUGAACAUCCCGAUAGCAAUGAAUAAAUUAAAUGCUUUGACAAUAAAUACAUAAAAAAAUAUCAUCAGUGGAAGCCGUGGCGCUGUAAAAAGCACGACCAAUCAUCUGAGUCAGCCCGGCAAAAAUAACUGGAUGGCCUACCUGCCUGUCAGCCUUCCAUCUGGGCACAAACUGAUCUCGUGCCCUCAUUGGCCAUGUGUGCGUUCGUGUGUGUUGGAGGAGGGGCUCUGUGAGGAAGUCUGAAGGAAGGGGCAGAUUUUUUUCGGUUGUGUAUUUUCAAAUUCUAGCGCACUCGAGCUGGUUUCUCCAUUCUUACCUACCCCACCUUUAAAGUGGUAAAACAAGCUCUGUUGAUGAAAUCUCCUGAAUAACAGGGCAGUUAAGAACAAAUGUGCUCAUAUGAAUGUCUAUUCUUGAGGCCUUAUGUCCUCAAAGGGCCCAUUCUUUGUAUAUGUUGUCAAAUGUUAAGUGUGUGUGCAAUGGGAUUGAACCUUUUGUGUGUUGUUUGACAUUCCCGGAGAGCAUGAUAUGUUUUGUGGUGUGUUGUUUAUUACCCAAGUACAACCUGUUUUAACCCCCAGCUUCAGAGGAUAAACAGCUGAUUCCUUCUGGUUAUUUAAAGUUUUCUUUACUGAUUAUUCGCUAAAUGUAUCUGGAAAAAUGUUCUUAUGAAUAAUGACAACUCUACAAAUUAAAUCAGGGUGUCUGCAAGUCUUGAAAAAUAUAUUGAACACUUGAAUGGCGUUAAAAUAAAACGUAAAAUAGUUUGACAUCAUUUUGAAAUGCUUUCAUAUCAAAUCAGUCCUGCAGACAUUGUGAUCUAAUGUUUUCAUAUUUUAUUCUGAAAACACCUGAAAGUACAACUUUAAACAGACGGUUGACUUGGAGAACGUUGUUGAAAAGAAAAACCAGAGAGUUUGACUUGCAGAGAAUGUAUCUGAGUUGAAGUCACUUUACAUUUGUUUCUGUGAUUUCUGAGAUUUUGAUAUGUUGAUUUGUUUCCACUUUCAAUAAACGGAGUCCCUUUCUACCUCUUGAAAGAA